AUGGCAUCACAGGAGCUCCUGGAUGAGCGGGACCAUGCCCCUGAGAAUAUAAACCCAGCUAUGGAGGGUGAUCCUCCGCCCAACAGUGGUAAAGCCUGUCCUGUACACAACCCUGCCACGGAGGAUACCAAGCGGGGCUUCCGGAAAGGAAUAGGGAGGCACAGGGACUACGUGAAGAUCUCUGUGCCUGACUCCAAGGUCAAACGUCUGCCCAUGGAGUGGUGGAAGACAGCUAUCGCAUUUUUUUAUGCUGGUUUCAACUUGGUUCUGACAACGGUUAUGAUCACAGUGGUGCAUGAGAGGGUCCCACCCAAAGAGAACAGCCCACCACUCCCUGAUAAAUUUUUUGACUAUAUUGACCGGGUCAAGUGGGCAUUUACAGUAACUGAGAUCAACGGCAUUGUUCUGGUGACCAUCUGGAUUAUCCAGCUUUUCUUCUUCAGAUACAAGUCAAUAGCCAGCAGACGGUUCUUCUUCCUGAUUGGCACCCUGUACCUUUACCGCUGUGUCACCAUGUACAUCACUACCCUGCCUGUGCCUGGAGUGCACAUGACUUGUGCACCUAAAUUGCAUGGAGAUUCACAGGCCAAGAUCCAGCGUAUUCUCCAGCUGAUCUCAGGUGCAGGUCUGUCCAUGACAGGCUCCCAUCUGAUGUGUGGAGACUUCCUCUACAGUGGCCAUACUGUAAUGCUCACCCUCACCUACCUCUUCAUCAAGGAAUACUCGCCUCGGUCUUUCUGGUGGUACCACCUGAUGUGCUGGCUGCUGAGUGCUGUCGGGGUGGUGUGCAUCCUGGUGGCCCAUGAACACUACAGCGUGGAUGUGGUCGUUGCCUACUUCAUCACCUCUCGUCUCUUUUGGUGGUAUCACACCAUGGCAAACUUACAGACCCUAAAAUGCUCACCCAACAACUACCUCACCAACACCUGGUGGAACCCCGUCUUCAACUUCUUUGAGAGGAAUGUGCAAACGUCGGUCCCCUGUUCCUACAGCUGGCCCUUUACCUGGCCUCCGGCCUGCUUUAAGAACCCUUGUAAGAAGUAUUCUAUGGUGCAGAGCACCCGCGAGGAGUAGCAGCACCCAUCGCCCUAACAAGGCAUUCACCACUAUUGUUGCUUGAACAUCCAGCAG